AUGACUGACCUAGCAACAACAGCAGCAACAGUUGUCGCAACUGUAGAAGCAUUAACAUCUCAGGAAAGCUCUACUCUUACUACUGCAGACCAAACAUCUUCCAGUAAUGAUCACAUUCCUAAAAUCUUGAAAGACGAAACAAAACCAACCGAGGAAGAGAAAACAAAACCAACUGAAGCAGAGACAACAACAAAACCAACUGAAGCAAAGACAACAACAAAAACAACUGAAGCAGAGACAACAACAAAAACAACUGAAGCAGAGACAACAACAAAAACAACUGAAGCAGAGACAACAAAAAAACCAAUCGAAACAGAGACAAAAACAAAAGUAACCGUGGAAGAAACAAAAAAACCAAUCGAAACAGUGACAAAAACAAAAGUAACCGUGGAAGAAACAAAAAAACCAAUCGAAACAGAGACAGCAACAAAAGAAAUUAAGGAACCCACUCCACAAAACCCACCAGCUAAAGAUACUGUUAACGUUAUAAACACUGAUGAUAAAACACUUCCCGAUACUCCAGUAGGAGAAGAAGUUAAAGAAACUAAAGUUGAUGGUGAUGGUGAAAGUUCCGAUAGAGGGACUUCUAAUGGUAAGAAAAAUAAAAGAGGUAGUAUUCUUGUUAGAGUCAGAAAUUUCCUUACUAAAAAAUCCUCAUAA